AUGCUGCCAAGCCAGACCGAUGGCGGGCCGCAGCUUUCUGCUCAUUCCGACCACGUCUUUAAGUUGCUACUUGUCGGCGACUCGGGCGUGGGGAAGAGCUGUCUGUUGCUGCGAUUCGCCUCUGACACCUAUGACGACAUGUCGCCCACGAUAGGAGUGGACUUCAAAAUCAAAUCCGUGAUUGUUAAUGGCAAGCGGGUCAACCUCACCAUCUGGGAUACAGCUGGUCAGGAGCGCUUUCGAACGCUCACCAGCUCUUACUACCGGGGGGCAGCAGGGAUCAUUUUAGUGUACGAUGUGACGCGCAGGGAGACGCUUACAAGUGUGGUGGACGGGUGGAUGGAGGAGGUGCAACGCUACUCCACCCUGCCUGGCUGUGCGCUCAUGCUCGUGGGCAACAAGGCGGAUCGGGAAGCGGAUCGCGAGGUGGGCAAGGAGGUGGGGGCGGAGCUGGCUCGCUCCUGGGGCUGCCUCUUCCUUGAGUGCUCCGCUAAAACACGCCUCAACGUGCAGCAGUGCUUCUCAGAACUCGUGCACAAGAUCAUGGAGACGAGCUGCUUGGUGGACCCAAGUUCAGCAGCGCAUGCUGGUCUGCCCAGGAACCUGCAACCCAGGCAAGGGGAGAGCGGCAGCGGCGCAGGCUCGUGUGCGUGUUGA